AUGCAACAUCCCGAGAGGAAAUACCAACUCUUUCCCAAGGACAGACCAGCGGCCACCGCGCCGUGUAAGGCGCUGGAUCCCGAGCAGGCAUUUGCGUUGGCCAUGGCCCAAAACAGUGAUAGGAACGAGAAGACGACUGGCGGGACAGGCUUGAGGAUCCGGAUCAAGGAGCACAACCUCAUCCGCAGGCGGAAGAUUAGCGUACCGGAGCUGGGUCCCAUGACGACAGUGCAAGAGACUCCUAUGGACUCUCCUACUAUCCCGGGACGACCACCCAUUCACGAGAGGUCCAUCAGCGCUCCGGGAACUUCAUGGAAGCCGUACUGCCUUGGAGACUUCACAAUGGCAUCGGGAAGGACACAAACGGCAGAUGACAAACCCGAGCUUAGAUCGGCUUGCAACAGCAAUGGGGAGCCGCAACCGCAACGACCUGAAAACGAGGCCCGACAGCCAUUAUCGCCUAAGAUGCUGAGGCCACUCGUGAUUCCGACCUCCAACGCACCCGCUCCGCGCCUAGCACGGCAAAUCUCCGUCAACCGACUCCGCUCCGGUACCGCGCCCGGCGAAGGGCCGAUACGCCCAGCGAGGCCCGAAGACUCUCCUCGGACAAGGACGCCUUUCACGCCACUGUCUGCGUCUUUGACCACGCCACGAUCUGCCGCGACGACUGCCAUGACAACCUCAACGCUGCCGACUCCGCUAUCAGCACCAAUCGAGUGCAGAGCAUCUCCGAAAUCGUGGGAGAAGCCAGUGAACUGUGUUGUCUUGAAAACGGCCAAGGAGACCACGCCAGAUGUUUCCACCACGCCAAAGGCGGAGCUCAAUGACCCAAUGGAGAGCGUUCCCCAUUGGCAUAGGAGGCACCAGUCCGAGUCGGGAAGCAUCAUGGAGCGGGGGCGGCCGCGGAAGCGGUCCGAGACGUGCGGGGCUGCUACUGUGAAGCGGACCGGUUCAAAGAGGAGCAAGAGUUCGGAUAGGCGAGCGUUCGAACAACUGCCCAAGGGAUGGAAGGCAAGCGACGCGGUGAACGUGCUGAGCCCGCCAGAAGUGGCGUCCUUGCACAAGCAGGCUGUUCAGCAGGCGGCUCGUUUCGAAGUCUUGAGGAAGGAGGAGGUUGACUGUCUCUCACGGGAACUUCGUCAUCUAGACGAGCGUACUGAAUACCUCCGGCGCACUUACACGUCUCUCCGAGCGGGCAGACGCAAUCUGCACACGCGUAUCUGCCAGUAUCUUCGUUCCCCGCGGACAGCCAAGUUCAGCCACGAUUCCAUGCUCAAGCAGGAGGAAGCUCUUGCGGAGCUCGAUAGCUCCAUCGACGAGUGGGUCAACAAACUCGAACAGGCUGAAAAUCGCCGCACUCGGGUCCGCCAAAAGCUGCUCGAGCAUGUCGCCGCCGCCCUUACUCUGGCUCCUCCCAAGGGAGACAUUGUCGGAGUCAGUGAGAGCUUGCAAGCCGCUCUCGGCGUUCGUCCGCUCAAUGCCGUCGACCUUUCCACACCGCCCCGUAGCCCGACCAAGGUUUCCAGUCAUACCAACUCCCCUUCUUCGCCUUCCCCGCACCGGGUCGCUCAUGUGCCGUCCACGAUUCUUGAGCAGCCCCUCUCCGAGGAAGCCGCGGCCGCCGAUGAAGCCAAGGAAGGUGAAGACAAGGGAGGCGAAACUAAGGCGCCCUUGCGCCGGGCCGAGACCAUUCGCAUCUACGCCGAUAACGACGUCUAUGCUCUGCUCGCUGACGUGGAGCACACAAUUACCAACAUGGGCAGCGGCGACACCUCGGCUAGGGAACCUGCAGAGGCGCUAUCGGAUGCGGAGCGGAGAAAGCUAUGCCGCGCCCUCAGCCACGACGUCUUGAACGGGUCGCCCGCCAAGAAGCCGUUGCCCCUUUCGAAACUGGCCGAGAAACCGUCUUCUUCAUCUCUGGCUUCUGCUGUUACGGUCCCACCGGCGGCUGAGCCUGCCACUGAAGAGGUCCCAGUCUACCUCACCAGCGCCGUCUUCAAGCCCUGA